ACAGGUUCCGGGUUGCCAUUGCAUAACACAAGAAAACUGUUUUCUGGAGGGAAAAUGGCGGAAACAACCAUCGACGAGGGAGAAACUAACAGAGAAAUGGAGGUAGCUCCGGCUCUAAUCGCAGUUCACCCGCUUGAAAAAUCUGUCGCAGUCGCUGCCGGUGCUGAGCUUCGCGUCUUUGACUUGGAGGGAGAUUGUCCGGUUACUUUACUUGAUGAUUCUGGUGGGCCUCUUCAUGCGGAUUCCAUAAGGGCAAUACGCUUUGGUGCAAAGGGGAGGCUCUUUGCAUCUGCUGGGGAUGACAAACUUGUCAAGAUUUGGACCACGGAUUCCUGGCGCUGCCUACGUACUGUAUGCUCUGAAAAGCGAGUGAGUGCAGUUGCCAUAAGCCAUGAUGGUCUUUUUGUUUGUUUUGCCGACAAGUUCGGUGUUGUGUGGGUGGUGAGUUUAGACGAGGAAGAGGGAAAUCAGCCUUUGGUCAAUAAGAAAGCAGCACCAAUUCUUGCUCACUAUUGUAGCAUCAUAACUAGUUUGGAAUUCUCUCCAGAUGGGCGGUUCAUCAUUAGUGCUGACCGGGACUUCAAAAUUCGUGUUACUAUGUUUCCUAUGAAACCUUUCAAGGGAGCUCAUGAGAUACAAAGUUUUUGCCUUGGGCAUACUGAGUUUGUCUCUUGCCUUGCAUUUCUUUGUACUCCUGAUUACUCGCAAGGAUUUCUUCUCUCUGGAGGUGGUGACUCAACAGUUCGUUUGUGGGAUAUUGCUUCUGGAUCCCUUCUUCACACUUGUGAAGUUGGAGCACAGGCAGAACUUGUAGAGUCUAAUGGAGAUGAAGUGUGCCAUCCUGCUGUGACUGCUAUAUGCACCUUCCCUGUUGGUUCAUUAAUUGCUGUGGCCAUUCAAAGCUUGCAUGGAGUGAUGCUUCUGAAUUGUGAUCUUUCUGGUAGAACCCUUUCUGUUGUCAAGGUGGUUUCCAUGGGGGACGUUUUUAUUGCUACCAGCCUUGGCAUGAGUUCUGCAGGUCGUUUGUGGAUGGUUACAGGUGCCUCCAAUAUCCAUGGAUCAAAUUUUACAUCUUUGGCCCGUGUGAAGGUUCUUGCUGGUUUCGAAAUGAGCAACAACCUAGACUCCAGUGAGAAUGAGCCAUGCAUGCUGGAGGAUGCCAACAUUCCGGGGGGCGAGAAAGUGCUUGAAAAGUUACAGGGAUGUGUAUCACUUGCGAAAGAAGAGAAGGCAUUGGCGGCAGCCACAGAGGCGGUGAAGAUAGCCAUGCGUAAUCUAUUAAUUAAAAAGCAGUAUUCAGUGGAUAAACGAGAGUUGAGAAAGAAGAGCAGAAAUGAUAGAAAGCUCAAACAAUAGGUUACCAGGAUGAACAUGAGUUACAUUUAGGGGAUAAGCAGUUGGAUUAGAAAAUAGUUAAUCUUGUAUUUAGAUAUGUUGCCUGCCUCAGUCGGUACCUUGUCUAGGGUCCACAGUAUGUGCUUCCUGUCAGAGAGAAGGUAGGAUUGGUAAAUCCAAUUUUGAAGUACACUCAGUUCUAGGCUUUAAUCUAUUGAGUUCAUUAUCACAGUU